AUGAAGUUGAGAUCAAAUAGGUCGAUAAACUACGAGAAACCGAGAAGUGAUUCGAGUCGAGAUCACGGACAAGCCGCAAACGAGAACAAAUCUUCCGUAAACUCAACCGAAUCGCCUUCYGUUGGCGCUUUUCUAGAAACCCAUAAACGGGGGAGGAAAAGAAAGAACGACGGGAUUUCUCGAUUCCCCAAAUUGGCGGAGAAUCCGGCAAGAAAAAAGCGUAGGGUGGCUAAGAAAACCGACAUGAAAGAAGGAUCGAAGAUGCAAGAAAAUGUCGAGGAAUCUAGAGUCAUGAAGGGUUUGAACGAAAAGCAGCUAGUAAGAGAUCGAAUACUUGGAAUUCUAACGAAAGCCGGCUGGAAAUUCGAUCUUGUUCAAAGAAAACACUCAAAUCACAAAGAUCCGGUUUAUACCGAUCAAAAGGGCCGAACUCAUUGGUCAAUCACCGAAGCUUACUAUACUCUUAAAAGGUCUAUUGAAGACGGCGAAGCCGAAACACAAGAGAUUUCUGCAUUUACUCCGAUCCCAGAAGAGGAAAUGAACGGAUUGUGCAGAAUCUCUAGAAAGAUACRGAGCGAUAAGAACAAAAAGAAGAAGAACGAAACGGGUAAAAAGUGUGUUAGAUUGGCUAAAAGACAAUCAAGCGUUGAAGGUAGAGUAGCUAAGUGUGUUCGAAAAGAUGGCUCGAAGAGCGRCGAACCGCAGAAUUCCGCUCUUAGAAUAAUGGCGAAAAAAUCAUCAAAAGUUAACGCGAGAGUGGCCAAGCUAACGGGUGUGCAAUUAGAUGGCUCAAUGAGCAAAUGUCUACAGAAUCCCGCAAUAAGUAGUGGCAAACGAAAUCUUUUCGCUUGGCUUAUUGAUUCYGGCAUCAUUUCACAUGGCGGGAAGGUCCAAUAUCGGAAAACUAGAAAAAGUAAACGCGUCUUUGAGGGGACGAUUACUGCCAACGGGAUUCGUUGCCACUGUUGUAACGAAAUUAUGGGGAUUUCAAGAUUCGUGUCCCAUUCGGGAAGCAAACUCAGUCGGUCGUUGAACGAUAUCUAUCUAGAGUAUGGAAGAUCUCUUCAGGAAUGCUURCUGGAAUCGUGGCGAAAAGUGGAGGAAUCAAAUGCCAUUGGAUUCACGUCCAUCGACGUUAAUGAAGACGACCCUAACGAUGAUUCUUGCAACAUUUGCGAAGACGGUGGUGACUUAAUUUGCUGCGAUGGUUGUCCUUCGGCAUUCCAUCAAAGUUGCAUCGGUUUACAGAAAUUACCUGCUGGGAAAUGGUACUGURUAUAUUGUUUAUGCAAAUUCUGCGGAAGGGUCGCACGUAGAGGUCGUCGUGCCUUUGUUUCUGAAGCGGUUUCGUGCUCGUUAUGCGAAGAGAAAUUUCACAAAUCAUGUCUACAUGAAGGAGAUGCUGUAAAUAUGGACUCCAUCAGUCUAUCUUUCUGUGGAAAGAACUGUAAAGAGAUCUAUGAAAAAUUGAAGACAUUGUUCGGAGUCAAGACCGAACUAAAAGAAGGGUUCUCUUUUACUCUUCUUAAACGCUUUGACCUCGAUCAAGAUACGGAAUCUAACACACAAUUGAUGAUCGAAUGCAAUUCCCGUUUGGCUGUUGCAUAUUCGGUUAUGGACGAGUGUUUCGUUCCCAUCGUUGAUCGUAGAAGUGGAAUCAACAUGAUCAAGAAUAUGGUAUACAAUUGUGGGUCGAAUUUUAGGCGGCUAAAUUAUGCUGGCUUCUUCACGGCUAUCUUGGAACGGGACGAUGAAAUGAUCUCCGUAGCUUCCAUACGGAUUCAUGGAAAUAAGGUAGCGGAAAUGCCUGUUGUUGGGACCCGUGAAAUAUAUAGGCGUCAAGGGAUGUGUAGUCGCCUUUUAGAUUCAAUCGAAUCGGUUUUGGGCUCUCUUGGCAUUGGGGAGUUGGUUAUUCCCGCGGUCCCCGCUGUCUCAAAAACGUGGAUCAACGUGUUCGGUUUCACGCCACUCAAUGAAUCAAUGAAGCAGACGAUGAAAUCUAUGAACCUUGUGGUAUUUCGUGGCACGGAAAUGCUUCAAAAACAUGUUCCUGAAAACCGAUCCACYGAUAGGUACCUUCACAAGCUUGCAAGUACUUUACUUUAUAACUAA